GGAGGGAAAAAUUAAAACAGCAGCAACAACAACAACAAAAACUAAACAAUAACAAAAAUUGUUUGUGUUUCAACAAACGGCGAUAAAGAACACAACAAACUUUUGUAUAUAUUUACAAACAAAAGUCCGCCAUGUGUGAAUGUGGCAUACUCUCCUCACACACAAACACACACGCACACACAUUCACUGGCGACUAUAUAAAUAAUAAUGGAUUAAACUGAAGCAGAAUGAAAUGCGAUUUUUUUUCAUUUUUUGUUCUGUUCGUUUACAUUUUCUCUAAAAAAGCAGUCAAUUUAAAAGUGAUUAACCAACGAGGUGUGUUUUAAACAGCGGCAUAUCAUUUUCCGACUCGGACAAGGAUAGGAAAUUUGGCCAAAAGAAUAUUGUGGCGGUAUUAAAUAAAGAAAAUUAACAGACAACAUGGAUUUAAAUAUUGGAGCAAUUGAUCUCAUUAAGCUGCUGGGAAAAUUCAUUGCACACAAAAGCCAACAGAUACGUCUGGCCACUAAGGAAUACGAAAUCAUAAAUACAUCGCUGGGCAAAGUGAAAGGAUUGAAACGGAAAACGCUCUACGACGAAGAAGAUAAAUAUUUCGCCUUCGAAGGUAUUCCCUUUGCCAAACCGCCUGUGGGCGAGCUAAGAUUUCGAGCACCACAACCGCCGGAACCAUGGCAAGAUGUUCUCGACUGUACCGAUUACAAACCGAAACCAAUGCAAUUUCAUUUCGUUCGACGAAUGAUAGAGGGUUCCGAAGAUUGUCUGUAUUUGAAUGUGUACUCGAAGAAGCUCACCAGCAGCAAACCCCUGCCUGUCAUGGUCUGGAUUUAUGGUGGAGGUUUCCAAAUUGGUGAGGCGUCUCGUGACAUAUAUGCUCCCGACUAUUUUAUGCAACGUGAUGUGGUACUGGUUACCUUUGCCUAUCGUUUGGGAGUGUUCGGGUUUCUGAGUCUUGAUGACCCCGAUCUACAAAUUCCCGGUAAUGCCGGUCUAAAAGAUCAAAUCAUGGCACUAAAAUGGGUGAAAGAGAACAUACACAAUUUCAAUGGGGAUCCGAAUAAUAUUACACUAUUCGGAGAGAGUGCCGGUGGGGGUUCUACACACCUAAUGUGUCUGACACCACGCACAAAGGGUCUGUUUCACAAGGCAAUUGCACAAUCAGGAACGGCUCUGUGUCCAUGGGUAAUUAGCAAUCCCACAAAUUGGGCCUAUCGGCUGGCCUGUCAAAUUGGUUACAAGGGCAACAACAACGACAAAGAGGUCUAUCGUUACUUGGCCAAACAAAGCCCCAGUCGUUUGGUGGCAAAAGACACAUCACUGCUAACCAAAGAAGAACAAUUCAAUCAUCUGCUCUUUGCCUUUGGCCCAGUCAUUGAACCCUACGAUUCGGAAGAUUGUGUUAUAAAUAAACCCAUCAAAGAAUACCUUUCUUCGGCCUGGUCCAAUGACAUACCCAUGAUGAUUGGUGGCAACUCUUUUGAGGGGCUGUUUCACUACAGCGAAGUUGUGAAGUAUCCCUACAAAGUCAAUGAUUUAACGGACUGUGUAAAUCUACUCCCCGAUGAUUUGAAAAAAUCCCACAGCCAGGAGGAUCUCAAGGCAAUGGGCCAACGUUUGAAAGAACUCUAUUUCGGGGACAAGAAACCCCAUGCCAAGGAGACAUUGUAUGAAUUCCUGCACCUAAUGACCCAGCGAACAUUUUGGCAUGGCAUACAUCGGGCGAUCAAAGCCCGUACAACCUAUGCUGCACCAACACCCACCUAUUAUUAUCAAUUUGAUUUUGAUUCGAAAUUCUUCAAUCAUUAUCGUAAUUUAAAGUGUGGUCGUCCCGUCAAGGGUGUCUGUCAUGCCGAUGAGAUAUCCUAUAUGUUCUACAACAUCAAUGCCGAGAAGUUAUCAACAGCAACAAGAGAAUAUAAAUGCAUACAACGUAUGAUUGGUAUGUGGUACAAUUUUGCUCUCACAUCGAAUCCGAACUGCAGAGAGAUCUCACCCACCACAUGGGAACCCGUGAGUGUGGACAACGAUCCAAAGCAGCCUUUUAAAUUGCUGAACAUAAAUGAUGAUGUGGAAUUUAUUGAUGUACCAAUGCAUAAGUUAUUAACUGUUUGGGAUAGUUUUUAUACCAAAGAGCCAUUGUGUUAAGAGUUACAAUUUUAAGCUUUACGUGAAACUUGCCAAAAAUUAUAGAGUGAUAUUUUGUAUAUUUU